AUGUCGUCCAGACCGUCUCUUGCCUCCAACCCCGAUGGUUGGGAACGCUCCUGGCAGCAAGAACUCGACAAAAAAUUUCCUUCAUACCGAACUCGCAUGCCCAGCUUGAUCUCCGACUUUCGACCCGUCGCAGCACGGAUGAUGACCCAAAACUCUUUUCAGGAAACAAGCGCUAGACAUCGUGAGCUAUGUCGCCUUCAAUGCGAUAUUGCACAUCUCGCGAGCGACAAGUGCGCUACGGAGGAUUUCGAGGGCGAAUGGGAGAAGUGCGGCGAGACUGUUAGAAAACAACAUUACUUUGAAGCUAUGAGGAGGUUGAUGAGUAUACCGGACAUGGAAGAUCAGAGAGGGUUCUCUCCAGAAAUCACGCUAAAGAACAUACAGACUGACAACGGGAAAGGUUAUUUAAAGCUUCUUCGCCAGUUGAUGCCGGCUCAGCUACCAGACCGAGAGACCAUUGACCGAUACGUAUGGAUCCGAAACCCGCUAAUAGAGUCUAUGCUGGAGGUGAAGGACCCAGAGUCGUUCGAUACCAGAAAUAACAUACCUACUGACCCUUUCAUCUACGUUCAACGAUCCUUCAUUAUCAAUCGCACGACCUUCAUGUCCCUCAUCAUAUGGAACAUUCUUCUCUCCUUCUAUGGGAGAAGUGAAACCAAUGUUCCCCUCAAGGCAACGUCUCACAGCAAGAUGGACCCAAUCGACCGUCAGAACUUUCAGAAAAUGGGGCUCAGUAAAGAGGAAAUCCGAUCCACCGAGAAAGAGGUCAAGCAGAACCGAAAGCAAGGGGAGUAUGCCUGUUUUUGCUGCGGGAAAUUCGAAGUCCAAUUCGGCGGGAAACUAAAGUCGUGCGCGAAGUGUUCUUCCGUGGGGCGGAGCGUGCACUAUUGUUCGAGGGAGUGCCAAGUAAAAGACUGGAAGCUCGGCAAUCCGCCCCACAAGUCGGUCUGUGGCAAGUCACCAAAGGAAGUUAUCGACGCCGCAUCCAUCCCUUCCCCUGACCCCUCACAAUCCGCUACCACCCCAGAUUCGUCCUCCAUCGAACCACCCGACCCUUCUUACCGUCGCUCUCCUGCCCUACUUCAUCUCAUUUCCAUGCUCGAAGAGAAUCCCGCGCUGGACUACGUCCUCAUGCGUCCUUCGCCUCAUCCCGAUCACGGUGUCAGCUUCGCGGAUCCAAUGGGCUCCCUGUUCUUCAACCUCUCUAGAAGGCGCGCGUUCAACAGUGGGGAAGAAGCGUCUGUAAGAAGAAUGUAUGAGCAGUUGAAGACUAUGGCAAAGGACGUAGAGGGGUACGGAGUGAAGGGCUUGCAAAAACAGUUCUUGAAGGAGUACGGGAUCGAUGUGACGGCACCGGUGAAGGGAGGGACGAAUCCAAUUAGUGAGGCAGAGGUUGCCGCAGAUCUCGAGAAGUUGACCAUAUGAAAGUCAGUGUUCCCUUUCUUGCUGUGAGCAGUGGUGCGAGCAAUGGUGACAAUAGUUUGUAGAUCAUACUUGUCUCCCAACCUGAAUCUUUGAUAUUAUUACCUCCAGUUUUUUUUUAUCGUAGUUGGACUUCGCAAUCGCAUGCGAUAAAACUCUGUAAUUGGGCAUCUUCUGUAGUCUAGUCAAC